AUGGAACUUCAUAUUAGAGGCUACCAUAAUGUAUUUCUUCUUCUGGUUGUCAGUUAUUAUUUUCUAGUUCUUAAUCACAUAUGCGCACAACAAAUGAGCAGUGCAGGAAGAUUAUAUCCUCUUUAUGAUUCCUCUAAAUGUCCAUGGGUCUCUGAAAGUUUCCUUUGUGUACCUAAUGGUCGACCUGACAAAGAUUAUCUCAAGUACAGAUGGAGCCCAAGCGGAUGCGAUGCACCUAGGUUCGAUGCUGAAGACUUCUUGAGGAGAUACACGGGUAAAAAGAUCAUGUUUGUUGGCGACUCGAUCAGUAAUAACCAGUGGCAGUCUUUGACUUACAGCAUUUGGGAUAAAAUUCAGGAAGAAAACAAGUCAUACAAAGAUUUAGAUCGAUUGGUGGCCUUUACAAAAGGAUUAACUACAUGGUCAAAAUGGGUUGACAACAACAUUGACCCCAAGAAAACCCAAGUUUUCUAUCAAGGAAUUUCUCCUGCUCAUCUCGAUGGCAACGAUUGGGGUUCUCCAGGAACGAAUUGCGCGAAUCAUACAACACCAAUUAACGGAACAGUUUAUCCUGGAAGUCCAACACCUGUAGUGGCUGUAGUUAAGCAAGUUUUAAGCAGGAUGUCAGUUCAUGUUAAUUUGUUGGACAUCACUACUUCGUCACAAUUAAGAAUAGACGGGCAUCCAUCAAUUUAUGCCAAUAGAGGUCAGACGGCUCACGAUUGUGGCCAUUGGUGCUUGGCUGGUGUACCAGAUACCUGGAAUAGUCUUUUUUAUGCAUCUGUUGUUUUGUCAGAAAAUGUAUAA